GUGGGAUGGUCGUUCUCUCCCCGAAAUCGCUGCCCUUGGGCUUCCGGUUCCGUCCGACGGACGUGGAGCUGGUGAACCACUACCUCAAGGGCAAAAUUAGCGGCAGGAUCAAGUCGGAGGUCGAGGUCAUCCCCGAGAUAGAUGUCUGCAAAUACGAGCCGUGUGAUCUUCCCGGUGAUCUUCCAUUCCCCCGCCCUCAAUUCAUGUCUUGCUGCGGAAGCUUUACCUUUGUUUGCGUCUGUGGUUGGACUCUUGAUGAUUGUCUGUGGUGGUUCCUGUGCCCGGGCAGAUAAAUCAUUGACCAAAUCAGUCGAUUCGGAGUGGUUCUUCUUCGCACCGAAGGACAAGAAGUAUCCGAACAGCAACCGUUCCAACCGGGCUACUGAGGCUGGGUAUUGGAAACCCACGGGGAAGGAUCGGAUGAUCAAGUCCGGGUCAGCUUGUCCUGCAAUUAUAGGCAUGAAGAAGACCCUUGUCUUCCACCUUGGCCGUGCUCCCAAGGGCGUUCGCACUAACUGGAUCAUGCACGAGUAUCGCACACUCGAGUCUGAGUCUGUCUCUGGUGAGCAGGGUGGCUUUGUUCUCUGUCGUUUAUUCAGGAAGUCUGAAGAGAAGACCCCAAUUUUUUAUAAUGAUGAUUUCACCCAAAGAAAUGUUGAUGAGAUGGAGAGUAGUGGCUUGUUUGCUCCAGCAACACCUUCACCAGGAGAGACACUACAUGGAGUAGAGGCUACAGAGGAAGUUGUGACACCAUUGAACCAAAAAGAUUUGGAAUCUGAUUUGCAAGAGAUUUUACAGCCUUUGCCUCUGAAAACUAAUGUGCAACCAUCAGGUGUUAAUGGGCUGGCAGCAGAUAAGACUGAUAUCACAAGAAGCUAUCCUUUAAAGCCAGAAGAGUCUCACUGCAAUGAGACUAUUGUUUCGGAUGCCGCUAAUCAUGGAACUGUUUUGGGAUCUGAGGAUGCUUUUCUGGAUUAUUUAGCACAAUACUUUGGCCCAGAGUAUGACACGCUUGGCCCUGAUGAUUACCGUCUGAGUUCCACACUACUAUCUUUCACGGGGAACUCAUUUGAUGCUCUUCAUCAUGAAUGUCUGCAGGAGCUUAGUCAAUUUGACAACAUUGGACAGGAUUCUGUCACUGAGUUUUUAAAUGCAAUGCUUUGUGAUCCAGAGGAAUGUUCCCCUGAGGUAUCAAAUGCCCCAAGAGGUUUCCUAACUGAGUUUGAACCAGAUAAUCAGAUCUGUGUGACCAGGAAUGAUUCCCCCUGGGAUUCACCACUCUGAUAAAGAACCUGAAGCUACCGUUUUUGAGGUACCUUAGAGGAACAUGGUGUUUUCUGGAGGAACCAACAGUCUGCCCAUUUGUUCAAGCAAUUCUUUGCGGAAGAACAGUUAUAUUGUUCCUAAGAAACAAGACAUGAGUCAGUUUUCUGUGUUUCCCAAUCAGAAUUCGAGCCUAAAUGUUUGCUCAAUGGUCUCUGCUGCAACGAAUCAAGAAAAAACCAAUAUGGGCAACUCUGACAGAGCUGGAAUCCAUGUCGGAGCUUGCAAGAAUUUGUCAGGCUCUGAUAACUUGAUUGAACAGCCAGGCUUGUCAAGGAACCUGUUACGUUUACAAAAGCUCAUUCACGAUGGCUCUGUCCCCAGAACUGAUCAUGCAGUAAGCAGUACGAUUGAUGAUAUGGUCAAAACAGUGUUCCUGACUGAGGUUUGAAGCUUUAUUUGGUUAGAAAACAUUCACUCGGAGCACCAAUUUGAUGAAAAAAAAUCAGCUUCUGAUCUUACUGCCAGUAUCAGUACUGAGGACAUCCCUUCUCGUGAUAAUACAAAUUCUACUGAGCUAAGGUCCUCUUCUCCUGAGAUCUAAGAUUCCAAACCCGAGUUGAUGUUGAGAACAAGAUGGAGACAUAAGAAUGAGGAUAAAAUCAGCAGCCAGUCUACUGAUGCAAUGGCAAUUAGAGCUAGACAUACUCGACUAUUACAAUCACAUUGAUUCUAUCAGCAGUACUUCUUUUAUUAUUCCUUGGAUUACAAUCAGGUGCCUGAGCUCCUGAGAACAGAAUCAACUCUUGGUCUUUGCAAAAUUUUCAGUCUUGGAACAUGUAAAGUUUACAGCUCCGCAACAGAGAGUUCAGCAGCCCAUCCAGGGAGCUACUUUGAAGCUAUUUCUGGCUGUGAAGGAUGAAGGUAUCUGACCAAAUGAAAAGAAGCAGAGACUCUGUAGAUACACAUCAGAGGUGGCUUCUUGGUACUGAUGUCGAAGCACUCGACUCUCCGAGGUGUGCUCUACUACACAGUAGUUACUAAUUCUGCAUGGGUUUACUUUAACCACCUGCACUGCACACUACCUUAUCGUGAUGGCACAUUUGAUGGUUGUAUCAUCUUGUACCAUGGUGUUGUAUAGGUCAGAAACAGGCAAGUCUUUGUUUUUUUUUUAGUCCGGCCCAUAGGUGGGAUUGUACCGGACAAUAAGGGCAUUGAGCUUAAAUCUAAUCAAUUAUUAAAAAAAAAA